GAGGAUGCGCUUUUGUGUCACGUGUUUAUUUUAAACGACGUGCGGCAUAUAUUGCAUCCACCUUGUUUUGAAGAAAGAAGCAGCAACUUUGAACAAAAUAGUCACUUUAUUAAAAUUACUUAUUAAAAAAAAAAUCAACCGGUUUAAGAAAUACUUUAAUGAUACGUUUAUCGAGGAAAUACCUUAAUAAUAUUGGUGGAUACUGGCGAAGGCACUAGUGCUGCUUCUGCUUCUAGGUGUAAACGUUACUGUGUUCGCUUGUGUAACAUUUAACUCUGGGAAUCUUUCUUUAUUCUUGCACAUUUUUCGUUGUCUUGGCUGUUACUUGUAUGUGUUAUUUGUCGGCAAACUCUGCGUUACCAAGUGUUACAACCACGUGCCUCCGCAGUGAAGCUCUUAAACGUACAAAGUUAUUCGGGACUGCUGUACUGGCUUUCAGCUACAGGGUUCGGGAACUGCCAGUUAGGCAAAUCUAUGAUGAACAGAACAGACUCUGAAUUACCCCUUCUUUCCGAGGAGAAAUUUGAUUUUGAGCUUCCAUUAUCUCCAUUAAGUGGGAAAGAAGAUAAUGAAGAUGAGGAUGAUGAAGUUUUUGUUGGACCUGUAGGUCAUAAGGAAAAAUGUGUUUCUGUCAACAUUGAGAUGCAAGCUGAAGUUCUUAGUGAGCCGCACACAAAGUCUCCUGUUGAGCAACUGAUAAACUGGAGCCCUUUGACUGGGGACAAGUUUGUUGAGAUUUUUAAGGAGGCUCACUUGCUUGUGAAGCAGUUUGAAAAAAUUACAGACAACAGUGAUGAAGCAUCAAAAGAAAAUAUACCCAUUCGAAACAAAAAUGCUGAACAGUUUGUUGAAGAUUCUGAUUCAAAACUUAAUGUGUUUCAGAAUGUAAAAGGAACUGUUGUGAGCCCAAUAAAACGGGAAACUUUCUGUGUCCAAGAUAGUCCUUUUAGAAUACUCCCACCAGCAGUCCAACAACACCUCAAGAUCUCCACUGGCACUUCAAGUCCUUUGAAAAUGCACAAUGGUACUGUUAGUCCUUCUCGAAAAAAUAUGAGAUGCAGUUUAACAAAGAAGAGUAAAAAAGAUCCUAGCUUUUCAUAUACAAAGCAAAUUCUCCCAAGCAAAAUGAUUCCCCUCAAAGCAACCGAGAAAAUUACUAAAGCUGGGCAACUGCCAAUAGCAAAGUCUAAUGGUCAAAAGAGUUUCAGUCCUGCAAGAAGACAAAGGAACAGCAGUGAUCAUUCAUCUGAUAACAUUAGCAUUGCUUCUGAUGUCAGUGACUCCUCCCAAAACAGUAGCUUUUUGGGAAAAGUUACAACCGUCAAAUCCAGCAAGAUCGGUUUAAAAUCCACUGCACUGAAAGUCCCAUCCUUACAGAGGAGAAGCACUGGAGUUGUUGGUCGAAAGUCAUCUUCGUCUUCCUCUUCUGUAUCCAGUGUAAAUUCAAGUAUGAACUCCAGUCUUUCCAUUUCCCCAUUGGGCAAAAGUAAAAUGAACAUCUCAUUAAAUUCAUCUCUUAGUAAACCAAAGGUGAAACUGCCUGGUACUGGAAACAAGUUUGCAUCAUCAUUAGCUACUGGUGCAAAAGUAUCAUCAUCUCACAUAAAAAGUACAGCUGUGUCAAAAGUGGUGAAGUCUGCAAGCGCUAGUAAAUUAAAUAGUCCUAUGAGGAAGCAAGGGGCAAUUAUUCCUCAUACUCCAUUGGAGAAAGGAUUGCAAAGGCUGAGCUCAGUACCAAAUUUUUCAUGCUCGUCACAGAAGAGUAAAGCUGGAAGUACUGCUAAGAUAGAUGUAUGUAAAAAGCCAAAGGCAUUGGUUGCCCCUACACCAACUGGUCAACGGAAACUUCCUGGACAAUCAGAGAUUACACCAUUUGAAAAAACUCAACAGAUUAUGCAACCUAAAAGGCUACUGUCACAUAGCAUUGUUCCAAGUAAACGCUUGUCCUUGAUAUCGCGUGUAAGGCAUACUUCUGCAUUGCCUACACCUGUGAGCAGAAGAGCUUCUGGUAUCCCAGCAAUAACUCCACAGUCACUUCAGAGAACAGUGGCAUCUUCUGCUCAGUUACCUGAAAUUGUGCAGUCUCCACUGUCAGCAAGAAAGCAAAAGUUAUCUAGCUCCCAUCAAGAAGGUGAAAGUCAGCUUGAAGUACAGAGUGAUUCUAGUGUGCAGCCUGCCAGUGAUCAUUGUGUUCCUUGUUCUCUGAAUUUCUCUUCAGAGGAUGAAAAGACUGAUGCAUGUGAAAAAAACUCCAAGGUCCAAUCUGAGGUUGCACCAUUGCUUGAUAACGGUGCUCUUCCUAAUACAGUUGUUCAGCAUGAAAAGCAAGAGGUUCUUUUGAUUGAUAUUGAAGUGGAGUCAAAGCCACAAGUCUCUCAGACUGAAGAUGUUCCACUCAUAGAUCUCUCAAAUUCACCUGCUGAAGUACAGUUAAUUGACUUGAGUUCCCCUCUUAUAAGUUUGAGUCCUGAGGAAAAGAAGAAUGUGCCGGAAUCUCCUUUAAUACAUUUCACAUUUUAGGGAUACACUGAUGUGUUAAAAGUAUGUGUACUAAUAAAAAGAUGACUUUUUAUUUGUUAUAAAGCUAUGAAAUAUUAAAAUGAUAUUUAAAAAAAAUUGAAGUAAAAAUGAAA